UGGUAUCCCAUCCCUUUGACACAUGGUAUUUGUUUAUAAAUAAAAGUGGUUAUAAUGUUGGCGCCAAUUAAGCAUUUAUUGGGAAAUUAUCGCAUUGUUUUGGCCAGCGGAUCCCCAAGAAGGCAGGAACUGGUCAAAAUGUUGGGCCUCAAUGCGGAACUAUGUCCUUCAACAUUUGAAGAGAAUUUAGACCUGGAGGACUUCAAGGAGUUCUCAGAUUACAUAGAGGCCACUGCACUGGGAAAAGCGGAAGAGGUUUUCUCGAGACUGAGUUCCUCGGGGGAUUAUAAAAACUUAAUUGUGAUAGCUGCAGAUACGAUGGUGACCUUGGGGAAGGAGAUUUAUGGAAAGCCCAAGGACUCUACGGAUGCAAUACGCAUGCUAACCAAUUUAUCUGGAACCUCUAAUCGGGUUUUUACCGGAGUUGUACUGAAACAUGCCCAUGGAAUUCGCAAAUUUACGGAUACAGCUGACGUAUACUUUGGUGACCUGCUGCCAGAUCAAAUUCAGAGCUAUGUGGAUUCCGGUGAUCCCCUAGAUAAAGCUGGAGCUUAUGGGGUUCAAGGUCCUGGAGGUGCUCUCAUUCACCGGAUUGACGGCGACUUUUACUGUGUGAUGGGACUACCGCUGCAUCGCCUGUGCUGUGAAUUGAACAAGCUGUUCCUGGAGGAUCUUUCGUAGAUGUUUUUGAAUCAGAUCUUGUGAUUUUAAUCUUUGCUGAUAAGCGGCUGUAUCUCCCCGACGCUCUGGGCUUAUUUGUUUUUGUUUUUUUUAGCCCAAGUCAAUUAAAAAUACAAAUCAUAUAACAGCGAGCAAAAAUCAGAUGGCUUUUGAGAGAGCAAGGCACAGUGGUCAUGUUGCUGUGUAUUUGCCCUACAAAACACAUGUUCCGAAUUUAGAUGUAAUGUAAUUUGACUUUUUGACACUUUCGUUUAAAGUUGUUAAGAUUAUCAAAAAUAAUAGUUGACAAAUACUUGAAA